AUGUUUGCUUAUAAAGGAAGGCUCGUUAGGGCUGCCUCUAUUCAGGUAAGACUUUUAAGCCGUCAUGUUUCCUCAUAUAACGCAGCAAUUGAAGCUGGAAAUAAGCUUGUGAAUCCAACGCCGAAGAAAACAGCUCAGCAUGAUCCAUUUGCACUUGUCUCAGAAGAGAUGAAGUCCUUGAUUAAGAGUAUAGGUGCUCUUAUUGGCUCGGGACAUCCAACACUUAAUAGAGUCGCAUCUUAUUAUUUUGAGUCCAGAGGCAAAAAUGUCAGACCGUUGAUCGUACUCUUGAUAUCCAAAUCUCUUGCAGAAAUUCCAAAAAGUGAGAGAACUAGAAUUACCGUCGAUACUCGAGACAUUAACGACCAAAAAGAAUAUAGGGGCAUUUCUAGCGCUAUGUCGUUUGCUGGAGCAGAUCCAGAGCACUCAAUUACACCAUUGAAAAUUCUAUAUGGCCUCAAUCCAAAUAUCAUUUUGAAUCCUCUUAGCAAAUCGUUCAGUCAGAGUGAAAAAAUUAAGAGCAUGGAUGCCGAAAAUGGUAUUCUCCCCAGACAACGGAGACUGGCCGAAAUAACGGAGAUCAUUCACACAUCUUCCUUGCUACAUGAUGAUGUUAUUGAUAUUGCCGACUCUAGAAGAGGACGGCCAAGUGCAAAUAUUGCAUUCACCAACAAGAUGUCCAUUUUGGCCGGUGACUUCUUGCUUGCGAGAGCAUCUGUUGCACUUUCACGUUUGAGAAAUAACGAGGUUACAGAAUUAAUGUCCACGGCAAUUGCUAAUUUGGUCGAAGGUGAAUUCAUGCAGUUAAAGAAUACCGUAUUUCAGCCAAACGUGGAUCAGAUCACCAAUGACGGGGAAAGCAAGCAAAUUCCAGCCCCAACUGGUCGUGUUCCGCUGAAAGUUCCUGAGUAUUCAUUGAAGCAGCCCCAGGUUACGUUUUCUCAUGAUGAAAACGUGAAAGCCGCCUUUGAAUAUUACAUUCAUAAGACAUAUCUUAAAACGGCAUCAUUGAUGUCAAAAUCUGCUCGUUCAGCGGCAGUUUUGUCCGGGUGUAACGAUGAAAUGAUAGAUCAUUGUUAUAACUUUGGUAGAAAUUUGGGACUAUGCUUCCAGAUUGUUGAUGACAUGCUUGAUUAUACGACAAAUGAGGAUGUAUUAGGUAAACCCGCUGGAGCUGAUCUCAAGUUGGGAUUGGCUACUGCUCCUGUCCUCUAUGCAUGGCAGAUGAAACCCGAAAUAGGACCUUUAAUUGCCCGUAAGUUCAAUUCUCCUGGAGAUGUAGAGCUUGCAAGAUCUGCUGUUGUUGAAUCAGACGGUGUUCAAAAGACAAGGAAGUUGGCGGAAAAGUUUAGAGAUGCAGCCUUAGCUCACUUGAGGUGUUUACCUGAAUCAGAUGCAAGAAGUGCUUUGGAAUUUUUAACCAACUCUGUUGUUACUAGAAAGAAAUAA